AUGAGUAAAUUUCAUACACAAAUGCCACAACAGCCAGCUCUUCAUUGGAAUUACACUAAUUCUAAAGCACCUUCAGCAACAUUUCGUGCAUUUAGUAAUCAACAAUUUUAUCAACAAACAACUCCGCAUCAUUAUCCAUCAACAUCACAGGAGCCUAUUCGUAAUAUUUUUGAUAAUCCAAUCACUCCACAAGAAAAUAGUUUGCAUUCUUCGGAGUCCUCGGCAAGUUCCUAUUUUCAAACUUUUACAGAUCAAAAUACUGAUGUUUUAAAUAAUAACUAG